GGCCUAACUUUUGCAUAGCAACGGCGCCCUUAGCAACGGAGGGUAUGCGGACGGAGCGGCUGCAGCCGUUGGCGUUGCCCCGCGGGCAGCGGCUCUUCUGCGAGCUCUGCCUCGGGCCCGCCCACGUCCGCUGCGGGGGCUGCGGGGUCACCUUCUACUGUGAGACGGACCACCAGAGCGCGGACUGGGUCAGCGUCCACGAGAAGAUAUGCCAGCUGCUCAUCCCGCUGCGCACGGCCUCGCCGUUCUACAACUCGGAGAAAGAGCGGAAGCACGGCAUCGAGCAGAAGAUCCGCAGAGAGAUGUUCCUGGCGGGGCUGACGCACACCAUCGCCCAGAACUACCUCUUUGAAGGCAAACACGAGGAUGCCAUCCCGGCGGCACUGCACUCGCUCAAGUUCAGCAUCAGCGUCCAUGGCUCGGACUCCGUGGAGCUGGUGCCACAGUACCUCAUCUUGGCCGAGGCCAGCCUGGGUCUGGGCCACAUCCCGCAAGGGGAGGAAUACCUCUCCCAGGCGCUGUGGAUCGUGCUCAAGAGCCCUUCCUGCAGCCCCGCCAUCCAGGCCAAGCUCCACCGCAACGUGGGCCUCCUCCACGCCGCCCGCGGGAACUUGGAGGACUCCCUCUACCACCUGGCCAACGACAUCUACUUUGCCUCCUGCGCCUCCGGGCCCCACAGCCUGGCCGCCUCGGGGGGCUACUUCCACAUGGGGAACGUCUUCUUCCGGCAGAACAGGCUCGACGUGGCCAAGUCCCUCUACGCAGAGGUGGUUGACAUCUGGCACGGACACUUCACCCGCCUGAUUGACCAGCGCUACGAGGCGAUGAUGAACCCGAGAAUCAUCGACAUCUUUGCAAGAGAGCCAGAGCCCACCGAGGAGACGCCCGAUGACCAGGAGCGGUCCGAUGCGUCCAAGAUGCUGAAUGCCAUCCUGGAGGUGGAAGAGCAGUUUGCGAAGCCGCAGCCGGCCAGGGUGGCCAAGGUGGCCCUGGCUCUGGCCAUGCUUCACUUCCUGGUCCAGGACCUGGCAAAGUCUCAGGAACUGGUGACCAAAGUCCAGCAAAUCAUGAAGCGGCUGCCCAAAGCGGAGCCCAACGAGACCCUCCACCGCUUGGCCAAACUCCUGAAAUACAAGCAAACUUUUGUCAAAUGAGAGAGGCCGACGCCGGGCCACCUCCGUGGUUCUCAUCCAGUGACAAAAUCAUCUUUUUCUUACAUGACUACUAUUAAAUUUUACUAUUUUAUAUUA